AUGCGCGUCUUUCGGGAAGGCGCGUUGCCUGUAGUUGUGAAGAGCGAGUCUCCAUUGCAAUCGGUAAUCCAAUGUCUCGGCAUAACUGCGCGCCGGUAUCACAUGAGCGGGUCUAUCCUGUUGUUCCGGCUGGUUCCAUGGUUUGUUAUUAGCCACUUUCUUCUGUUGGCAAACACUGCACUGGAGAUAUAUACGUAUGACAAAGCUCUUUGCAUUCCUUCUCCCAAGGCUUCACCUUUCACAUGGGAGAAUAUACGUACUAGAUUUACCGUCGUGAAGAUAUUCAAUUGCCCCAACGUUUUAAGGUUGAAAAAGCAAACCUUAGAACUGGGGGAGCUCGUGCUCAACACGGACGGCGAUUUGUCAUGCUUUCAGCUUGCCCCACUAAGCAUCGUCACUAAGCCCAAAGCGCUCGCAGGACAGAAACCACUCCAGCAAACCGAAACAAAGGUUCUAUCCAAGAAUACAUCCUCCCGCAUUGAGGAAAGGUGUCAGGUCAGCCCUAAGCUGAGCAACAGCCAGCACCUUACGUCAUCUUUCGCAUGGCUGGAGCUUCCCAACUUGGCCCAGGUAUCUCGCUCGCUCGCUCGCAACGCCGCGGCACCACCUCAGCUGUAUAUCAGUCACACAGCCGCACAGCUGACUGACAGACAUCUUCAAGUGCCCAUUAAAUCACUAACACUUGACUCCUACACCGCUCAACACAACCAUCAACCGUUUCCCUUCAUCACGCGGCGCAACCGCAUGUCCCGCAACCACACCACCGCUUCCUAUGCGUAA